CUCAAUCGCCAUCGCCACCCGCUCCCUGAUCCCAUAGACUUUCGUCCCGUCCCGCCCUAGUGCGGCCGUUGCUGGAGGCUGACGAGCCCACCAUCACUUUAACGCUCUCUCGGGGCGACCGAACCUUGAUCGCGCCACCUAUCGCGCCACCCCACGAUGUCGUCAAAGAAGACCGACUACACCACUUACUGCGAGGACGCCGAGGAGGAUUCUGGUAGUUCAGUCGAGGGCAUUGAAAGCACCCGCAUCUACGCCAGGUCCGAAGUCCAAGCGAACCCUUACAAGGAGCGCCCCAACACGGGUAAGUCCCGUGGUGCCGACAAGCGCUCUUCCAACCGAAAGUCCGACUCCUCUAACACCCUCACCGACUCCGACUCUACGCCCCGCUCUUCCAAACGUGAGCGUGACGCCCGACGAGAAUACGAACGUGAACAGCGAGAGAAGGACCGCCGCCGCAAGGAGCGGAAACAGAAGGAAGCCGCCGAGCAGAUGCAGCGCAAGGCCCGUUCCGAGGCCAAGGCGGCGGCCAAAGAGCGUGAGGCAAAGCCCGCGCGAAAGCCCCGACCUACGUCCCUCACCCAGUCCAGAACCGACCCCAUUGUUCAGCAGUAUCGACGGGGUCACGUCGAAGACCCUUCUUGUUAUGGCGUCCAGCAGCCCGCAGCCUCGGGCAUGCGUCCUCGUGCCCAAACACGCCCCAACAGCUACUACCCAAGCCAGGGCCCUCCCCCCUCAAUGGCCCCGUCCGGUUGGCACCCAGCCCAUGCCGGCCAGCAGCCUUCAGGAUACCCCGUUGGCUCCUUCCCACCACCUCCUCCCCUGUACGGAGGAGGCCCAUCGCCGUCCAUGAUCGGGGUUCCAGCAUCACCUGCACGUCAUUCCCAAGGGUUCUUCGACAUGACCAUGCAAAACCAGACGGCUCACCUGAAGAACCGAUUUGAGCGACCCGCCUCUGCCAUGGGUUUCCAGCAGCAGCAGCAACAACAGCAACAACAACAGCGGCAAGCUCAUGCCCAAGCCGCGGUGGCUUACGGUUAUGGCCCCGGGGGUUACGAGGAAGAACCUGACCCUCGUGUCUCCCGGCGUCCUUCCCGAUCCAAGAAGCAGACUGACGACGAUCGGAAACGAAUGCCCCCCCCCGAUUUCAUUCCUCGACCUCAGUCGGCACUGCCUGCUGGCACGCCCUUCCGCCCACCACCAGCUCAGAAGCCAGCAACUCGACAGAAGUCUCGACCCCCAACCACUCGUCGGGGCGUCGGCUUCGCUGAUCAACAGCGAGGCUACGAAGACGACGAUUUGCUAGGCAACGAGGAGUACUUCACUGAUGUCUCCCCAGAGUCCAACACCUAUGACCGUCGCACAGUCUUGGCCCGCACUCGGCGAGGAUCUGUCGCCUACGAGCAACAGGGACUCGAGAUCAUGCCAGCUUCGCGUAGCCGAAGGGACUCGUUCUAUGGACGUGACCUCGCCCUAGGUGGUGGUGGCGUCAGCUUGGAUGAUGACGAGGACAAGUACCUCACUGCGCUUGCUUACCAGGACGACGUGAACGGUGGUACCCCGUUGGCAUUGACUGCUGAGGCUUUACGCAAGGCUAGCCACCGCGCUGGAGGCGGCAGCAGCCGAUCGACCCGCAGCAGCGACAGCCGUGAUGAGAGCGAGUAUAAGCGAAGCAACACUACCGGCAUCACUCGAUCAUCAUCCAGCGACAAUGACAACGUCACCAUCAAGGUCUCCGGCUCAGCCGUUGUCCGAGUACAGGGUGCCGAGAUCGAAUGUGGCGACGGAGGCGAGAUCACCUUCAGCGCCCCGAGCGGCUCUCGUAUUGGCAGCGGCAGUGACAGGGCCAGCACCGUCUACCAGAUUGAAGAUGGUCGAAGUCGAGUGGAGCGUAAGGCAUUGGCUCAUCGGAUUCGAGCUCCCAGCCAGUCUGACUCGCAGAGCCGAGGCUAUGCCCAGAGCUAUGCUCCCUACGAUCCCCAUUUUCUCCUCGACGACUAUUGAUGACGAUUUCUUUAUGAGAGAUGACAAAGUUGAUGAUUAGCGUGCGAUUUGUUGAUUUUAUUUAUUUCUUAUUUUCUCUUUCCUUGCCUCCUGUUCUUUGAUGGAAGCGAGCGGCACGCAUUGUCCUCCUGAAUCUUUGAUCAAAAUUGGACAUGGCAGGUGCAUUUGAUUGGACAAUUUUUUGUCGUUUACAUCAUGCUUGCAAGUUAUGGUUUCCAAUUUGCAUGGAAUUUCUUGUAU